AUGAACUUGGCCCAAUUCAACCAUGCAAUUUCCACUUUUCACAAAUUUGUAGCCGACAACCUAUACCACCAAAACAAACCAGUUCCGGUCACUGGGUACUGUAAGCAUGCUGAAAAUAGAAAGUAUAGUUUCAUGGUAAUGGAAAUCAAUGAAUAUCUGAUCGAAUCAGUGAUAACCUUCCAUCCAUUUUAUCAAGUUCCAGUAAUGUAUUUUCGAGUUUUGAGCAAUUCCAACAACCAGGCUUUGUCAAUUGACCAAAUUGCAAAAAUAUUUUCAGAUUUCUCCCCAACUUCAGUAACAUUGGAUUCACCCGAAGUAGUACCAGGAGUAUGGUUUUGCAUCCAUCCGUGUGAAACAGCCCAGCAAAUGGAAACUUGCUCCACCACCAAUCCAGAAGAGUACCUUCGAUUGUGGUAUGCUUUUUACGGCGUGGGAGCUACUUUUCCCACCAUCAGUGUACGGCCUACGAUAAAUGACUAA